AUGGAAACAAACGGUACUCAGCGUGCGUUCGUGAGGGGGCCCACAGACCCACCUAUCUAUUCCAAAACCUUCGGCCAGUUGAUCGAUGAGCAGGCGGCUACCUACGGCAAGAAGCCUGCGAUCCUAUCGCCAUGGCAGGGAAUCAGCCUCUCCUACGAUGAACUAGCACAACGGAGCAAGCAUGUCGCCAAAGCGUUAUUGGGAAUGGGGAUGGCACACGGUGAUUGUGUCGGCAUCAUGGCUGGCAAUUCCUGCCAGCAUAUCGAAGUUCUUAUGGGAGGGGCACGCAUCGGAUGUCCUGUCGUAUCCCUACAUAGCACAUACACCCCUGAAGAGCUGAAGAGGGCCGUACAGAAAACCUCAUGCAGGCUCCUUUUCAUCGCAUCUAGUGUCGGCCGUCGAGACCUCUCCGCUCAUGUGGAAAUGGCGAAGGAUUGCUUGUCGUCCGGCGCACUCCCAAACCUACGUGGGGUGCUUACAAUUGGACAGAUCGACUAUGAUGGCUAUGCUCAAGGUCUACAUACGUACGAGGCCCUCUUUUCGGAAUACAAAGAAGGUGUAGCAGCACCUGAUGUCGACGCAGCAUUUCUGCUCGAUUUGGCAGAGAAGGCUGUCACACCCGACGACGUGGUUCGCCUCGACUUUACCUCCGGGACCACGGGAAACCCCAAAGCAGGAAUGUCAACAGCCACUAACCUCCUUGGAUGUGGUUUUAUAACGGGCGAUUGCUUAAGCCUUACUCCGAACGAUAUUGCCUGCUCUCCAGCUCCGCUAUUCCAUGCCUUCACUUUUAUAGUAGGGCUUCUUGCACCCUUGACGCAUGGUUGCUCGAUUGUUCUCCCAUCGGACCACUUUUCUACACAUAAAGUCCUUGAGGCUAUACAGAAGCAGGAACCUACUCUCUUACUGGGUGUCCCCGCCAUGUUCCUGGCUGAAGUAGAGGCUAUGGCAAAAGAACAGACCAACACUUCCCUCCGAGCGGCUGUGGUGGGAGGCUCUGCUAUGACGUCCGGCUUAAUAAAGACCAUCUGUGAUGUGAUGGCGGUAAAGGAGGUUUUUGUCGUAUAUGGGAUGAUGGAAACAGGCGCUACAUUCAUGGGCUCCUUCAACGGGUCAGAGGAAUCGACAGGAAUGGUAGGGCGCGUGAUGCCGCACAUCUGUGCCAAGGUCCUGAAUGAAAGCGGCCAUAAUGUUCGCCGAAUGGAAAAGGGCGAGCUUUAUACGAGUGGAUACUCACUGCAAAAGGGAUACUUUGACGACGAAGAGAAGACGCUGGAGGGGAUGCCACGAGACAAUAACGGACGCAUCUGGAUGCGCACGGGGGAUGAAGCCGUCAUUGAUGAGGGUGGCUGCUGUCAUAUCACAGGGAGGAUCAAGGAUAUUAUUAUUAGAGGCGGGGAGAACAUUUCCCCCUUAGAAGUUGAGAGUCGACUCGCCUCACAUCCAUCCAUCAGUGAAGCAAGUGUGUUCGGCUUGCCUGACACAAAGUAUGGGGAAGUUGUAGGUUGUUUUCUGAAAUGUGCGCCUGAUGCGGAGAGGCCGUCAAAAGACGAGGUGCAGAGCUGGGUGAGAACAACCUUAGCCUGGCAUAAGACACCAGUGCACAUAUUUUGGAUCGGAGACCCUGGCGUUGCCGAUGACUUCCCGAGAACAGGAAGUGGAAAGCACCAGAAGCAUAUCAUGAAGAUCAUCGGGGAAAGGCUUAUUGCCGCUAGGGGUAGAGCAUUUUGUGACCCUAGGUUGAUGUGUGAACUGAGGAUGUAG